AUGGCCUGUUGUCCCCGGGUGGCCGUGUUCGUCGGCGUAUUGGUACUCGUGUCCGACUUCUCGGCAGUCCACGCAAUGGAUUUCUUCUCCCAAUUCGAUGGCAUGUUCGAUGACCCUUUCUUGCUCAACUUUCAAAAUCGUUCGACUUGCGGGCGUCGUUCCAUUGCGUCAACGAUGUCACGUCCGACCGGGUCGUCGAGUGAAGGGGAGGGGUACGAGGUUGUAGCCGGCGAGUAUCCAUGGCAUGUAGCCAUCUACCAAGGCAAAAUGAAGAAAUGCAGUGCCGUGCUCAUACACGAGCAGUGGUUACUGACCGCUGCAAGUUGUGUAUCAUACUUGAAGGAAUCUUACAUGGUGAUUGCAGGAGCUACUUCACUGCUCAUCGACGUUGACGAUGCGGACGACGAUGACGGCAGUCGACACAUGCAGAUGAGAAUGACGUCGGAAAUCUACAUACAUCCCGAAUACGACGCUCGGCGAAUGGAGGCCGACAUCGCACUCGUCAAAGUCAAUAUCCCGUUCGAGCUCAAUGACCACGUCAAUGUAAUUUGUUUGCCAAGUCCCAAGAUGCAUCGCGACUUCCGUCCGGGUUCAAAAGCUGGGAUUGCAGGGUGGGGUCCUUUGCCUCCUGACACUGAGCGGCCAGGAAUGUGCCCUAAACCCACAGAUGACAUCCUCGACGAAUGCGACGUUGAGGUGUGCGAAACGGACGUCGACUGCUCAGAAGGAGAGAAAUGCUGCCGUAACGGCUGUGACGUCAUGACAUGUACCCAGGCUUUACCUCCCAGACCGGGACCACGCCCUGGAGUCCUCAUGGGUGCGAUGAUACCCCUCAUCAACCACACCCUAUGCACCCAAGCCAUGAUGGGUUCGCUCCCUAAGGGGGUGCUUUGUGCUGGGCCUACCCCCAUGGACCAUGACGAUGGGGGCAAUGGGAUGGCGGAAGAAGGGGGCUUAUUGACUCUGAUUAAACGGAAGAGAGAAAUGAAGAACAGGGGGCGAGUGAAUGACGACAACGACGAUGACGGCCGACAGGGUCCUUUUCACAAUAUCGACUGGGUGGAAAAGAUGUAUGAUGUCAUGGAGCGCGUCGACGGAUCCGAUGGCGGUGUCGAUGACUACGGGAGGCGACGAGCCGGGGCGUGGUCGAUCGGGAUGAUGGGUGACGUCAUGCGAGCACGGAUGAUGAGGGAUGGCGACAACGACGACGAUGGCGGGAUGGAGGAUGAUGUGAUGAUGGAAGGGAUAGAUGGCGAGAUCGACAUCGAUGUCGAAAGAGCUAUGAUGGAUGAUGGAAUGGAAGUGGAAAUGGAAGAUAGGAUGAAGGAACCUACGAUGAAGAAGAAAGAAGAUAUGAUGAUGGCGAUGAUGAAGAAGAAUUGUAAGGGUGAUAUGGGCAGUCCACUGGUGGGCGAGUUGGAGGGUCAGUGGUACCUAUUAGGGGUGACCAGCCUCCCCUGUGGAUGUCUCUUCGGGUCUUCCCCGGGUCUGUUCACACACGUCUUCAAUCUUCGGGAUUGGAUCCGACCAAUCUUCAACGAGAAAGAACCAAGACGAAAGAGUAUGAUGUGUACUGUGGGUGAAUAUUCGUGCGGGGAUGGCUGGUGUAUACCCGAACAGUACAGGUGUGAUGGAAAGAGAGAUUGCAAACUAGGAACAGAUGAAGGGCAGUUCUGUGAGGGAGCUACGAAAGGCUUCAACGUCUAUCUCGACCACCAUCUCAACAGAUCCUCGGUCGCCAAGGCGUUCCCGGUGACGUCAUUCGCCCAAUGUGCUCACGCUUGCUUGACGUCACCAUUCAUGUGCCCCGGGUUCGACGCCGUCCUCAUGCCCAUUCAGGCCGACUUCCCACCUAUCGUUCCUAAAGGUUCAGCCGACGGCGAUGAUGACGAUGACGACGACGACGAUGGUGGAACCUGGCGGAAAGAUGUAACCUACGAUGCGGAGGAUGAAAGCGGGGAUGAGUUACCGAUGAUGACGGGGGUGAAGAUUAUGUGCUUGCUUGCGAAUUCGUCGUCGACCGUCGUCAGCAACGAGAACGACACCGCGAUCGUCAGACGUCUAAAGAUGGCCAUGAUGGAAGAUGAUCCCCUUGUUAAACCUGUCCCGUUGCACUUCAAGCUUCCAAGACAUGUCCCUUUAGCAGCACUCUUCUCUCCGACCACGAAUCUGUACCUCAACAGUGGACUCAUCGUCUCCCCAUCCUACAUCCUUGGUAAAGACAUCGCCCCGGUUCUGGAAGACAAUUCGUUCGUCAUCCGCUUCCUCAAGAAGCUUCUCAUGGAGGACCUUGUCCGAGGAGGUAGCUUCUUAUGCUUCGUGGGUCAUCCCCAUCGGGCUGUCCUCAAGGAGAUGAAGGAGACGGUGAAGAUGAUGCGCAAAGAGGCGAAGAUGAUGAUGAUGAGGAGGAUGGAGUAUGAGGAACGAGGUGGGGGCGAAGAUGGAGUGAUGCAAGGAUUCUUAAUGAAUGUGAGGGGGAUGAGGAUGCAUCUGGAAGAGAUGGCGAGGAAUUUCACCCUGGUGAUGACCGGCAUGAAGGCGGACUGUGACACGAUGGACAUUAAAAAGGGUCUGGUGAUGAAGAUCCAAAAGAUGAUUGGGAACGCAUCUUGUGAGGUGCAGGGUGAAGACAGGGGAAGGGGACCGAUGGAGGGUGAAGACAAGAAGGUGAAGCCGGUGGUGAUGGUUGUUUCGGAGAUGAUGAAUGAACUGCAGGAGCUGAUGCCGGAUCUACUAAUGAAGAAUAUUUAUCCCGAUGGAGAUGGGAUGGAAAUGAUGAAGAUGAUUGCAAAGGCGCAGAUUGUGGAUGGUGAUAAGAUGAUGAUGGGGAGGGGGAGCAUGAUCGGGGAUCCCUGGGGUAUGCUGGGUCACGAUGACGUCAUAUCCGCCUUCCUGACGGACAGGAUGGAGGUGAUGAAGCUGGACCCAGAGAUCCUUGUCAAGAAUUACAAUUCCAGUGGACUAAUGAUGAUGAUGAAGAAGAAGAUGAUGAUGGUCACACACGCACUGGCAUCGGGUAGGUGCAAGGAAGGAAACGUGACGUCGGGUGACCUGCAGGAGUCUGAAGAACUCUUGAUGCCUGCUAUGGAUCCUGAAAUGGGUGUGGACGACGUGACCUCGACAGACGCUCCAGGUGCGAUGAAACUGGACACUCUCGGGAAGAGACCCAAGUUACGGCAUCUGAAAUGGUCCAUCGCACAGUCUCCUCUUCAAGUCAACACCGUCAGCUUCAGGGUCCUGGACGCGAGAGGACCGAUGCCCGGAGACAACAACAUGGGCAGGGACUUCGGAAUGAUUUCCUCGAGAGGACUCGGAGGACUUGGAAUAGAGAAAGACGUGAUUGUGAGUAGCAUGAUGAGGAGGAUGGCCAUGAAGUCCAUGGGUAAAGAUUGGAGCAUGGAUGAAGACAUGGAAGGAAUGCCGGACGAAAUGGCUUCUCCAAGACCCGAGAUACGGCGAGAUGCAACUGACUCGGACCUGUCAACCGUAGAUGCCGAAGAGGCUGCGAUUGACGAAGUUCUUCCAGGAAACAUCGAAGACAGUAUCUUCUGGAGGAUCGUCGAAGCUCUAGUUGAUAUGACCUCCAAACUGGAAACAGGCCCCGAUUCCAACCUCAUUCACCUCAUCGAGGCCAUGCGGAUGGGUGAAAUCGACAAAGAAGCUUUCAUCGUCGGCGUUGGACCUGCUGUCUUCCGUCGCGUCUACGCUCGCGUGAUGAUGAAGUUGAAAAUGCUUGAUGCCCCUGGUCGGGUUUACCCCUUGGCCGCUCUCCAUCGGGGAAAAACCUUCAGCAUUCCUGGAUCAUUGACCGAGGUCGAGCAGUUUGCGACCAACGAGACCAACCAUGGCAUCGUCAUGGAAUAUAAAUCAGGAUGGUCGUGCAAUAAGAGGAUCAUCAAUACUAUGGGGGUUCUGACGUCACCAAACUUUCCCAUGGCGUACCCUAGCAACGUACGGUGUGACUCGUUAAUCUCGGCACCACCCGGUUACGUGGUCAUUCUCUUUGUUGUGCGUUUCAAACUCCCUUGGAGCCCUUCCUGUCUCCAAGAUAGUCUAACGGUAUUCGACGAGAUGUCCCCGCAGAAGUGGGUAAAGCUGGGUCAAGGGUCAUUCUGCGGGACCAGGAUACCUCACGUCUUCCGGUCAACAGGCCUAAAUCUCCUGGUGAAAUUCAUGUCCGACGUCAACCCUGUUGAACACAGUGGCAUGGGAUUCAAGAUUAUGUACGCGUUUCAACCAGUGACCUACCAAGGGGGUCUCAUUGGUUCUGCUUCCGGGUUAGACGGGGCGGGAGCCUACCCCUACGGCGACGACGAGACCAAGAUCGACGUCAUGAAAACCAAACUGAAAGGCAUGAAGAUCUCUCUGGGCGUGAUCAGCGGCGUCUUCCUCCUCCUCCUCCUCGUCGGAUUCAUCACUAUCAACUACCACACAAAACAAUCGAAGACGGAAAAACAGAAAGAUUCCUACGACAUGUACGAUACCAAAUUGUAGGUGUUUUGUUUGAUGACUUCGUGGUAGUAUGAAGAAAGAACCGCCACUGAAUAGAAAAGUGUGUCAAAAUCAUAGAGCGUUAUAGCCAUUCAAAUGAUUGGUUUUGUGUUUUUUUUUAUAUAUAUAAAUGACGGUAUAAAUGUUGUACACAUUUUUAAAUUAGAGUAAUUGUGAACAUUUUGCGCUAAUUGAAAAUUACGUUGAAAUUACCUUUUGCAUUACAUGUAAUGCACUUAAAAUAUAUAGAGAAUAAUGCUGAAUGCGUAUCAUAAUUUUUAUAAAUAAGUAUUUAUUGGAAAUAUAACAACAUAAUCAAAACUCAAAAGCUCAAAAAUUACAAAUGAAAUCAAGAGAAUUACUUCCAUACGCAGUAAUGAACGUGUUUACAGGACAUAAGGAGUGCAGUCAGAUAAUGAAAAAAAAACAUAGACAACAAAUGAGCAGGAAAUUUGCCCUUUUCUGUAGCGAUGUUUUUCUUUGUUUUGUGUUGCAAUCAAUCAUAAUUUACUAUUGUGCCACAAAUUAUAGAGAUCAAUAUGAUGAAACAUAUUCUCAAUUUCAAGUGAUAUACAUCACUGGUGAAUAAAUACUCCCAAGCUCAGUGCUGUUAUUUUUAUCUUUACAGAGUAUGUGUAGCAUAGAUUUUGUAUACCUGUAAUAUGUAGACAUUGUUGCGCUGUAUGAAUUAUGUUCAUUUCCGUUUGUAUAUUAACGAUUUUCUAUCAUUUUCAAAUCAACUGCAAAAUGUUUAUCGGAUGUUUAUGAAAUAAUAUUUGACACAAGAAGUUGCUUUCCAUAUUAAAUUACAUUAAGAACACUACGCUCAAAAGGAAAUCUAACCCUAUUAAUUAACCCUUCAUCAUACAUGUUUAUACAUUCGCUUACGUAGAGCUGUCUAUUUUUUUUUAGAAGUUCAGAAGUUCGAUUUCUUUUGAUAUCUUCGUCAAAGUAUAAUCGCUGUAUUUUACACAAAUAUCACAACAAUAACAUUCUGUAUAUAUUUUCUGAAUAUGCCCGAGUAAAAUACGUUGC